AUGGAAGCCAAAGCAAAAUCAUCAGCAGCAGCAGAGAACGAGCAAGAUGAUCAAUGGAUUGCUCAAUCGCCGCCGAAGCUCCCAGACGAUGUCCUCUUCGACAUCCUCUCCAGACUCCCCGUUCAGCCCUUAAUCCAGUACAUUUGCGUCAGCAAAUCAUGGCGAACCAUGAUCUCCAACCCCCAAUUCAUCAAAAUCCACCUCCAUCGAUCCUCUAAUUCCCAAUCCUCCGAUUCCCAGAGACUAUUACUAUCAUCUCACGACUCCUUUCGUUCCAUCACCUGUCAAUUCCCCGAUCACGCACCCAAAACACUUCAAUCUCCAUUGAAGAAGACCAAACCCUUGUGUUUCUGUGAUGCGUUGAUUCUCUUGUCUGUUUCUCACAAACCCUUUCCCUUCGCCAGAAAUCCCGGCAAGUCCUUCGUUCUGUGGAACCCAUCGAUCAGAGCAUACAAGGAAAUUUGGCCCCCUUUUGAGUUCAAUGACUUCGGAAUUCGCGGAAUUUGUUAA